CGCUUAGUUACGCUGUAACAACACUUAGAUAUUACAGUGUGUUGUCGUAAAGCUAAUAGAAUGGCAACCGUUGAUCAGUUCAAAACACUUUUAAAGCAUGCUGAAGACCUCGGUAUUAGUUGGGAGCAGUUAAACAGACUUAAUUCCGUCAAGGCGAUUCAGAACGAUGGAAAGAAAUGGCUUCAACGGAAUCCAAUGGUUCUAUACGCUGGAUUGGUAUUUUUAUUCAGUAUUAGCCUCCCGCUCAUGUAUCUUGACCAUGAGUUAGGAACGUUGGAGGAUUCAGAACCUAACCCUUUAAACAAUUGGAAAUGCUUCCUGUCUAGUCAAGCCAUUGGUUCGCUCGUUCGUCCUCCACUAGACUGCAAUGCUUGCAAGGAUGUAACUGAAAUUUUCUAUUUAAAGAAUAUUACACAAGAAGAAUUCACUGAGAAAUACGCUCACAGUAUGCAGACUGUCGUCGUACAAGAUGGCCAGAAAGGCUGGACAGCAAGCAAAACCUUCAGCUAUGAAUAUUUUAAAAGCAUAUACCCCCAAGGAUCAAAGGCUUUAAUGAAAAUUGUGGACGGUUGCCAGUUUUUCAACUUCGAAACAGAUUUGGCUGGUCCUGCAGAUUUUUUCAAUAUGUCGCAAAGCAGAGUAGAAGGGAAAGAAGACCAGUGGUAUGUUGGAUGGAGCAACUGCGAAGGACAUACAGCGAACGAGCUCAGAAGGCAUUACAAAUUGCCAUACUUUUUGUCGCCUGAAUUGGACCACGGCAAAAAAGAUUGGAUAUACAUGGGACUACCGGGGCCAGGAGCACCAAUGCAUAUUGAUCGCGUUCCUGGGGCAACCUGGCAAGCACAACUAAGCGGUGAGAAGGAGUGGACUUUUGAAGCACCGCCGGAGUGUUACGGUAUAUGCACGUCUAAGAUGAAAGUGAGGGUUAAGGCUGGGGAGAUAAUUGUUCUGGAUGGGAGCAGGUGGUACCACGAGACCAAUAUUAUUGGAAAGGAUAUGAGCAUAGUGAUUGGAUCGGAAUUUUACUAGAUAAACAUAAAAGAACCUAUCGGGAGUUGAAUAAACUAUAUCCCA